AUGACGACGCACUACGGCCGCGACGACAGGGAGAGAGAGGCGCGCGAGACUGACGCGCUGCUGCCCCGCCGGGAAGAUGAGGACGAUAGGGAUUCGGGGAAGGCCGGGUUUGGGCUGGGCGUUGGGGGUGGGUUUACCUGGCUGCUGGGGGUGCUCCUCCUCUCAUCCGUUGCUCGCGGCGCCAGCAUGCACGCGCGCUUUGAGCAUUACCAGGACGAGUUCUGUCCCACGUCCCACCCCGACUCGCCAUGCGGCUACUUCGCGCCAUACUUCCACCUCCCGGGUUUUACUCUUUGGACUGACUUCACCUCGCGCUUCGCGGCCUUUGUCGUAAGCUUCGUCUCCAUCGGUUUUUGGAGCCAGCUCGGCGACACGCGCGGCCGGCGGCCCGUUUUGUUGGGGGUCGUCCUGGGCACUGUCGUCUUCGAUCUGCUUUUCCACGCAGUGGCACUGGCGGGGCCCGCGCUCGGCGAAGAGGAGAAGCGCGAUGUGCUCUCGAUCGCGUUCAUCGUGCAGGGUUUAUUGGGUGGCUGGCCCGCGUUCUUCGGGGCUGUUAAUGCUUACACCGUGGACGUGGCUAGGCCGAGUAGCAGAUUGGUGCUAUUUGGUAUAGUGGAAGCGGUGGGGAUGGUGGGGGUCGUUUUCGGCGGCGCGCUCGGCGCGGCGAUCCGUUCCUUCCGGUACACAUACCUCUUCAGCGCGUUACUCGGGGCCGUGAACGCCGGCAUCGUGUGGCGGCUGCUCCCUGACUCGAAGCCACAACCUCCCACGGACAGGUACGAGCACGUGCAAAGGCGGGAAGAGUCGCUCGUUGCAUCCGUCUUUGUCCCGUUCACGGUGCUCUUCCCCGGUAGUGGGAAGGCGCUGCCGCUGCUCGGCGUCGCAAGCUAUGCAUACUCGCUCACGGGCGCGCUGGAGACGAGCAUGUUGAGGUAUACGGAGCUGUAUGCUUAUCCCGGGUCAUCAGGGCGGACUCCCAUCCUCUGGGUGAUCUACCUUCUCCCCCGCAUCUUAACUCUCGCCACCCUGCUCCUCCUUCCCCGUCUUCUUCCCCGAUCCCCACGUGCCGGGCUACACGUGCCGCAUGAGCUUACGCGCACCUCUUUACUCCUACUUUUACUCCUUCCGUUAACAAUCACGCUCUUCUGCGCGCGCGUCGGGGACCACACCGGUGCGCCUGUCCUCUACGCUGUCUGCGCGCUGCUCCUCCCGUCCAUCGCGCGGCUGCCGGCGCUCGGCACACGCGCCCUGGCGGUGGGAUUCCUCGAGCGGGCGGGGCGGGGAAGGGAUGUAGGCACUCUGAUGGGCGCCUUGGCCCUGUGGGCGGAGUUAGGGGCUGCGAUUUCGUAUGUGGACUUGUCGUAUGCGGGCGCGGGGAUGUUCAUGGAGACGGGCGUGUGGGCGUUCAUCGCGCUCGUGUGCGUCAUGCCGGACCCGCCCGCGCCGGUCCCCGUUGCGCCGGUCGGGGAAGGGGAGCGGAGGAGGCCGGAGGCGUAG